AUGGAGGCUCUGCUGCAACAGUCCCGGUCCAUGUGCCCGUUUUUGAAGAAGACCUCCCCCGCCACGCUUCGCUCGCUGUCCACCAGCACCCGCCCGGCGGCCAGCCCUCGUGGCGGCACGAUUUCCAACCUUCAGGUCAUUGCGAGAAGAUGCCCUGUCAUGAGCAAGGCCUUGGCCGUGCAGAGCUCGAGAUUGGCUGGUGGCUGCCCUGCUCAGGGGUUGGGCGCGGCUAUGCGUGUUCAGGCAAAGAGAGCCCUGCACACGACUGCCGUGAGAAAUGCGAAUGUCUCCAACGACGUCAACAAGAAAUCCGAGAAGGUUCCUCAUCUUCUCUCAAAACUGAACAAGGCCUCUGUUCCAUUGAACCGUGAAUCUGUCUGUCCUGGACCCAAGCCUGCGGCUCCUCCAGCCGGCAAGUUUGACUAUGAGAAAUUCUACAACGGCGAGUUGGAGAAGAAGCACAAGGACAAGACUUAUCGCUACUUCAACAACAUCAACCGCCUUGCCCGUGAGUUUCCAAGAGCCCAUAUGUCUUCUCUCGAAGACAAGGUGACCGUGUGGUGUGCCAAUGACUAUCUUGGUAUGGGACGGAACCCGUAUGUGCUCCGAACAAUGCACGAGACGCUCGAGAACUACGGAGCAGGUGCUGGCGGAACCAGAAAUAUCUCGGGCCACAAUCAGCAUGCUGUUAGCCUUGAAGCCACUCUUGCAAACUUGCAUAAAAAGGAGGCUGCGUUGGUGUUUAGCUCUUGCUAUGUCGCAAAUGAUGCUACACUGGCGACCUUGGGUUCGAAGCUGCCGGACUGCGUGAUCCUUUCCGACAGUUUGAACCACGCAUCGAUGAUCCAGGGUAUUCGCCAUUCGAGCGCUAAGAAAAUGGUGUUCAAACACAAUGACCUUGAGGAUUUGGAAAAGAAGCUGGCUUCUUUACCCUCUUCUAUCCCUAAGAUUAUCGCCUUUGAGUCAGUCUACAGCAUGUGUGGGUCCAUUGCCCCAAUUGAAGAAAUCUGUGACCUUGCUGAAAAGUACGGUGCUCUCACUUUUCUCGAUGAAGUUCAUGCUGUUGGUAUGUAUGGGCCACAUGGAGCUGGUGUUGCUGAGCACCUUGAUUACGAGGCCAACGCUUCUUCCGGUGAGAAUGUCCGUGGCAGUGUAAUGGAUCGUAUCGAUAUUAUCACAGGUACUCUCGGCAAGGCUUAUGGCUGUGUUGGUGGGUACAUUGCAGGAUCAGCAAAAUUUGUUGAUGCGAUUCGUUCCCUCGCCCCCGGUUUCAUUUUCACAACAUCCCUCCCUCCAGCAACUAUGGCUGGUGCCACCACUUCGAUUGAAUACCAAUCAGGAUAUGGCCGCGACAGAGUUCUUCAGCAACUCCAUACCCGUGCCGUCAAGUCUGCAUUGACUGGCAAUGAUAUUCCCGUUAUCCCUAACCCUUCACAUAUCCUUCCUAUCCUUGUCGGUGAUGCUGAACUAGCCAAGCGUGCAUCCGACAUGCUCUUGGAAGACUAUGGGGUUUAUGUCCAGGCUAUCAAUUACCCCACCGUUCCCCGUGGCGAAGAGAGACUGAGAGUUACUCCUACUCCUGGCCACACUAAGCCUCUUCGUGAUCAUCUGGUCUCUUCUCUCGUCGCUGUCUGGGAACGCCUGGGAAUCCGCAAGACCAGCGAUUGGAAGGCAGCUGGUGGAUUCCUCGGUGUUGGUGAUGAAGCCGCGGUCCAUGACAUGAAGAACCAACCCAUGUGGACCGAUGCUCAACUUGGCCUCGGCGAAGGCGAAGAUAUUGAGGUUGCAUUGCAGCGAGAGCUCAAAGCGGAGGCCGCCGAUAAGCAGCGUAUGCUGAAUGAGUUGAUGAAAACUGCGCGGCCUGAGUCUGUUGAUUCUCCCGUUAAUACGGCCCCAGCCGUAAAAGUCGGUGCUUAG